AUGUUAGCACAUCCUCUUCAUUUGAAGCUUCUUUCAGUUUAUAAUUGUGGGAUUAAAGUGGUUAAUGAUCUUAAGUUUAAGAGUAUAGAUGGUGAAUUAGUUGGUGUUGUUGGGAAUUAUUGGGAUUUGAGGGUUGAUAAUGUUCCAAUUUCUUGGCAUUCUAAAAGAGGAAUUUCUGAAGAGUUUUACCCAGAAAUUGUUACUGCACUUUGGAAGGAUGUUGGGUGUUUAGAUUCAACCCCAAUAACAACAAUUCAUUGUUUUCAUUAUGGAAUGCAGAUUUCUAGGGCUGCAAGAUUAGGUUUAAUUGCAGAAGAAGUGAAUUGCAUGGAUGUAAUUCCAGCAAUUAGGAAGUUUUUAAGGGAUACUAUUGAACCUUGGUUAGUGGGUACUUUUGAGAAAAAUGGGUUUUUAUAUGAACAAAAAUGGGGUGGAAUUGUGAGUAAAUGGGGUUUAAAUGACUCAAAUUCUGAUUAUGGAUUUGGGUUAUUUAAUAAUCAUCAUUUUAGUUUGGGAUACUUUGUGUUUUCUAUAGCUGUGCUUGCAAAAUUUGAUCCUGAAUGGGGUGCUAAGUUUAAGGGACAAGCAUAUGCAAUGGUGGGAUCUUAUAUGAAUCUGGGUUUGAGGAAGGAGAAAUCUAAGUAUACAAAACUUAGAUCAUUUGAUGCAUAUAAGUUACAUUCUUGGACAGCUUUGUUGCAAGUUAAUGGAAGAAAUUCUGAGAAUCCAAGUGCAUCCAUCAAUGCAUACUAUGCUGCUGCGCUUUUGGGUAGAGUGUAUGGAGAUGAUCAUCUUGUCGCGGUUGGAUCAACGCUUGCUUUGUUUGAGAUUGAAGCUGUGAAGACAUGGUGGCAUGUCAAGGAAGAUGGUGUUUAUGAGGGUGUGUUUAAGAAGAUGAAUGAGUUGGUUGGGAUUUUAUGGGAAAACAAGAGAGAAGACAAGUUAUGGGGCUGUAAUAAUGAUGGUGUAGGUAGGAUAUUGAUGCAAAUGCGACCACUGAUGCCUGUGUUAUCUGAUAUAUUGUUUUCAGAUGUUGGGUUUGUGAGGCAAGUUGUCGAAUGGGCGGCGCCAUCUUUAGCAAAGAAGGAGACUGGUGAUCAUCUGAAGGGUCAUGUUUAUGGAUUGGAAGCCAUUUUUGAUGGCAAAAGUGCAUUGAACAAGAUCAGGAACUUGAAGAAUUUCGAUGAAGGAAACUCGCUUUCGAACAUGUUGUGGUGGGUUUACAGCAGGAUUGGGAAGGAGAAGUUUUGUGAAUGGUGUAGGAAAGAUGAAGAUGAUUGUUGGUUUUGUGCCAAUUCUUAG